UCAGGAGAGCGGGGCCAGCGAGUGGCUACAAUGUGAUGUCUGUGGCCGGCGGCGCCUGGCGUCCCCCCUCCCGCGGGUAAGAGGCGAGGCGUGGGAACGGGAUGGGGGAGACGGAGCUGGCGGAGCCAGAGGUCGAGCGGCAGCGGGGCGCGCGCUGAGCCAGCCAGCCAGGCAGCCCGGGCCCGGUCCUGCAGCCUCCCCUGCCCGGCGGCGGCGGCAGCAUGAAGCGGGCGCACCCCGAGUACAGCUCCUCUGACAGCGAGGAGCUGGACGAGCCCGUCGAGGUGGAGAAGGAGAGCGCGGACGAGAAUGGAAACUUGAGUUCAGCUCCAGGUUCAAUGUCUCCAUCCACCACCUCCCAGAUCCUGGCCAGGAAAAGGCGCAGAGGGAUCAUCGAGAAACGUCGCCGGGAUCGAAUCAAUAACAGCUUGUCGGAGCUGAGGAGACUGGUGCCAAGUGCUUUUGAAAAGCAGGGAUCAGCCAAACUGGAAAAAGCUGAAAUUCUGCAGAUGACUGUGGAUCAUCUGAAAAUGUUGCAUACAGCAGGAGGCAAAGGCUAUUUUGAUGCCCACGCUCUUGCUAUGGACUAUCGGAGUUUAGGAUUUCGAGAGUGCCUGGCUGAAGUAGUCCGGUACCUUAGUAUUAUUGAGGGUCUGGACACUUCUGAUCCUCUUCGAGUUCGACUGGUGUCUCACCUCAAUAAUUAUGCCUCUCAACGGGAAGCAGCAAGUAGUGCCCACACGGGCAUUGGACAUAUUCCUUGGGGCAGUGCCUUUGGACAUCAUCCUCACAUCACUCACCCGUUGUUAUUGCCUCAGAAUGGCCACAGUAAUACCAGUACCACAACGUCUUCCACAGAACCACAUCACCAGAGCAGAAUUGCUGCUCCACAUGCUGAAACUUCUUCACUGAGACUGCCCCCUAAUGGCAGCAUUGGACCAGUGCUCCCUGUGGUCACCUCUACUUCCAAACUAUCUCCUCCUCUGCUGUCCUCCAUGGCAUCUUUGUCUGCAUUCCCCUUUUCAUUUGGUUCGUUCCAUUUGCUGUCUCCUAAUGUACUCAGUCCAUCUGCACCAGCACAGUCGGCAAACCUUGGCAAGCCCUAUAGACCGUGGGGGACUGAGAUUGGAGCCUUUUAAGAACUAAUGGUUUAGCACAGAGUGAGAGAAGCUUAAAAACUCAGCUGAGCUGGUUUUAUUGCCAACUUCAAUUUUAAGUUCUUAAGUAACUGAGGCAAAGGUACAGUUCAAGCUUAACAAAGUUUGUCUAAAAGCUGAAGUGUUUUGAGUUUUUUACAUUUUUGUAUUAGCAGAUUUAAAAAAAAACAAAAUGAGUUGCUGAAGUUUGUCCAAAAAUAAAAUCACACUAGUGGAUAUUACCACUUGUGAUAGGUUUAUGCUGAAUGUUUAACUCAUUUUAUAAACAAUUUGUCUCAAAUGAUUCCAUUUUGCCUGAAAAUAUUGGACCCUUUUUUAACAUUUAGUGUAUUUUUGUCUAUUUACUGUUAGUGACAGCUUAUUUUUAGUUUUAAUUUUUCAGAACUGCUAUUCUCAGCAUUAACAUAACUUGUGUUUUUGUUAAUAUUUUGACAUUAAGAUGUUCUAUAAGGAAAUAUUCUUUUGUAAACUAUAUUCUGAGUUUUAUAUUUCUGAACAAAGCGUUGACAAAUCAGAUUGACCAGGUUUAUGCCAGAAAAGGAAUUCUGUGUCACAGGGGCUGGGUGGGUUUGGUGAUCUUAUCCUAGUGGACAUUUAUCACAACCAGAACCACUGCAUUAUUUCUUUUGGCAUAAGGAGGGGCAGUUUUUUUGCUCAAGAGCAAACUACUACUAGAAUAGCAAAGGUGCUACUGAUCAAGUGUGAAUUGCUUUGGUGUUGAUUUAGGUGGGGUUAUGGGGGAGGGAAACCAACACCGUACACCACUUUACUGGCCAGAGCCAAUACUAAACAUCCUUUCAAUUGUGUGGGGUCAGAACCUGAUCUUGGUUACAAUGGAGUACCCUAAAUUUAUACUUGGGUAACUGAUUUCACCCCAGGAGCUUCAAAUUUGCACCUAAAAUAAAUUGUGGUGGUAUUUAAAUAGCCAAAGGAAUGGUACAGUGGAAACCCGUUCCAGGCAUAAGCUUGUUUGGUAACAAAUGUAUUCUCUUAACUGGUUAAUUUUCUAUUGUAUUUUACUUUGAGAUGCACCCAGAGGUGAUUCCUCAUAUUUUACAAGGGCUCUGCUGCAUUCUUGUAUAUAUUCUGGUUGGGUUUCAUGAAACUCUCAUUUUGAACAGGUUUAUUCUGUCAAGAGGUAUUCUUUAGUGGGCUCCACUGAAUUGGGUUUGGUCGCUUUUUGUAUUUGUGGCAAAAUAAAGGAGAGAGAACAAACUAUUUGAAUGACAUUUUUGUCUGAUGUGUCAAUGGGGAAUCCUGUAGCCACGAGUACCAUCUGAGAGGUUGCAGAACUACUACUUGUUCUUUCUGUGACAUAUAGUUGCACAGUGAUGUUAAGUAUGUCUUUAAAUGUUACUGUGUACUUUUCUACUACGAUUCAGUACACAGAGUAGUGCUGUCUCAGGAUAAAGCCACCUUUCAGAAUCAGGCUUAAAAAAUGAGUAUUAAGAUUAUUUUUUUGCUUUUCCCAUGCUUGCCAGUCCAAGGAGGUUAAGGUGAAAGACACCAACAUCGGUCUAGAGAGGAGGGUGAAGUUGCACUGCACAUGCUGGUAAAAGCCAUUGAAAUUACUUGAGAUUUUUUUUUAAGUUAGCAUUAGGAACUUGUUGAUGCUGCCUCGCACAUGAGAGUUUUGUUUUGCCCAAACGUCUAUGUGAGUUCUGCAGAUAAAAUUCAAGUUCAUUUUACAUCCUAUGUGGUUGUACAGCAUUUAGCAUGAUGGGGCUCUGACACUGAUUGGAGCCUGUGUGUGUUACUACAAUA